GCGCGCGGCUAGUUCGAAUGUGCAGCGCCUGCCCCUCAGCGGUCUCCGGGACGUCCUUGCGGCGGGGAGUGGGUUCGGCGGUGGCGCCUCAGGUGUUGCGACGUGUGACAGCAGGGUAGGAGCUAGGCCGAAAGGGAAGCGUGCUCCUGUUUCGCCUGCGCGGUUAGCGGGCUAGGGGAGAACACUCGCUGCUUUCCCCGCUUCGUCAGCGACUGCCUGAGCUCGGAAGCCUUCUCUGGAGCUGCAGGGAUAACUGUAACAAUGGAAGAUUACACAAAAAUAGAGAAGAUUGGGGAAGGUACCUAUGGUGUUGUGUAUAAAGGUCGGCACAAAACCACAGGCCAAGUGGUUGCAAUGAAGAAAAUACGUCUAGAAAGUGAGGAAGAAGGUGUUCCAAGUACUGCUAUCCGAGAAAUUUCUUUAUUAAAAGAGCUGCAUCAUCCCAAUAUAGUCUGUCUUCAGGAUGUUCUUAUGCAGGAUUCAAGACUGUACCUCAUCUUCGAAUUCCUUUCCAUGGAUCUCAAGAAAUACUUGGAUACUAUUCCAUCUGGCCAAUAUUUGGAUCGUUCACGUGUUAAGAGUUAUUUGUAUCAAAUCUUGCAAGGUAUUGUCUUCUGCCAUUCAAGAAGAGUUCUCCACAGAGACCUAAAACCUCAGAAUCUCUUAAUAGAUGACAAGGGAGUGAUUAAACUGGCAGAUUUUGGAUUGGCUCGAGCCUUUGGAAUUCCAGUGCGUGUAUACACUCAUGAAGUAGUGACUCUGUGGUACAGAUCUCCAGAGGUGUUGCUAGGAUCUGCUCGUUACUCAACUCCCGUAGAUAUAUGGAGCAUAGGUACCAUAUUUGCUGAGCUGGCAACUAAAAAGCCACUUUUCCACGGGGACUCAGAAAUUGACCAGCUCUUCAGAAUCUUCAGAGCUUUAGGAACCCCCAACAAUGAUGUAUGGCCUGAAGUGGAAUCUCUGCAGGAUUAUAAAAACACAUUCCCAAAAUGGAAACCUGGCAGCCUUGCAACACAAGUCAAAAACUUAGAUGAAGAUGGACUUGAUCUGCUGUCUAAAAUGCUGACUUAUGACCCUGCAAAAAGAAUUUCUGGCAAAAUGGCCUUGAACCAUCCAUAUUUUGAUGACUUGGACAAAUCUACUCUUCCUGCUCAUCUGAUUAAUAAUAGACCUUUGGACUAAAUCAACCAGAGAGAAAUAAUUGUGAUUUCUUUCAAGUACUUCUGUAACUUUUUUAUCUCUUUCUGCUCUAAAGCUGUUCAGUUUGUUUUGGAUUUUAAGUGUUAUGUAAAUAUUAACCUAUUAGUGUUGAUUUAAAAUACAAUGCAAAUAUUGCUGCCAUUACUGCAGCGAUGUUUCUAUAAAUAAAGCUUUACAUUCAGAGAA